UUGGAUUGCAAACGUUUCAUCAUCGAUCGAGGUGACAUCGUCAAUGCAGUGGCGAUGUCACCUCGAUUGAUGAUGAAACGUUUGCAAUCCAACUGCCAAGCUCGGCGAACAGACCAACAACUAAACUUUCAAUAUUCUAAUAGAUUUAGUUUUUCACGAAAUUACAUUUCGAACCAUUCUCCGGAACAAUUCAGUAUACCAAAUCUAUGGCGGUUCGUGGGGGCCGGUCGAAAUAAAGAAACAGAGACUGCUCGCAAUAUCAUCAGACAUCAGUUGGUCGUUGAUCAGGUGGCUGUUGAUCUGUUCGCCGAGCUUGGCAAUUGGCUUGCAAACGUUUCGUCACCAUACGAGGUGACAUCAUCAGUGCGCAGUUUGGUGGGUACUUCUUCCUGGCCUGCGUGCGUUUAUGUAGCAUUCAAAGGCUAUCUGCUAUCUUCUGAUGUGAUUGGUGCGGUUACAUAUCUCCUAUAUUGA